AGCGUCAAAGGAGCAGAGCCAAUGGCAGAAAGCCCCGCCCGGGAUGGUGAAGAGACUGGGUCGGAGGAGACGAGGCUUCUGAGAAAAGCGUCGAGUAAAGCGAAGAGGGAGGAGGAAGGGUUGGAGCCUAAGAAAGUCCGCUCUAACUCUCCCUCCGUUGCCAAUGACUACACCCUGCCCGCCUUCAACCCCAACAACCCCCUUGGGUCGGAGCAUGUGGUUCCUGGGUUCUACUGUAAUCUGUGUUCUGUGUUCUACAAAAACGAGACCAGCGCCAGGACACUCCACUGCAGCCGCUUGGGUCACUACAACAACCUGAAGAAGUAUUACCAGGGUCUCCAAGAGGCACAAUCCAGGAGCGAAUCAGGAGGCUCUACUCCUGGCGACGCCCCCAAAUGACUAGCCCCGCCCACAAACAAACAACCGUCUUUUCAUUGGUUUCACCGGAAUAUGGGGGAGCCUCGUCUAUGUUGUUCAAUCAUUUUUUAUAUCGUUUGGAGUGUGUGACGAAGGAGAUGAGUUUGUUUGGCGUCAAAACAAAAGGACGAUGUGUACUCUGACCGUUCAGAGUACAGAAGAACAGAGGUCUGCACUUCCCAGGUCGUUAUUAGACGAAGAGUUCACUAUGGAGUAGACUGUGCUGGUCUUACUUUUUACUACUUUUUACAGGAGUCAUCAUGG